UCCCAAGGACCCCGGAUAGCGCUGACUCUAGGGGAAACCCCUGUCUCCUCCCCUCUCAGGACCCGUCCGCUCGCUAGACCCAUAAUUCCCCGCGCCAAGACAAGAUGGAAGAAAGCAGGGGCCCCAAGACAACAAUGUUUUGGCUAUAAAAUCUAAAAAGAACGAGAAAGGGAAGAAAAUACGAACGUUUAAUGCAAAUAGCGGUCAUGUGUAGGACAUCCCCACCUGGCCCCAUUUAGUGUUUCCCCUUUCUACACGUGCUGACCAACCAUGAGUAUUAUCCAAGACAAGCUAGGCAACGAGUUUCUGCGAGGCAAUGGGGGCAUGGACCCAAACUUUGCCCCCGGCAUGCUCAUGUUCAGCCACCUGCCGCCCGUCACCAGCUUCACCCGCCUGGCCUCGCAGUCGGUCAUGGGGGGCGACCUGCCACAAGAGAUGAUCCUGAAGAAGGAGCGCGACUCGCCACCCAACGCCCACGGCUUCCUCCACGGCAUGGGCAUCAAGCAAGAGCGGAUGAGCGAGCUGGACUACCGCAUGCCCCUUUAUAGCGGAGCUGGCGGGGGAGGAGGAGGGCUGGGUGGCAGCUGUGGCGGAGGGGGCGUGGGGAAGGGCAACGAGAUGCUGGAGAUGCAGUUUGGUGGAGGCCACCACCACAACCAUCAGAACAUGCUUCUGCACGACCUCAGCCUCGGCAAUGUCCGAAUGGGAGAGCCGAUGUCUGGAAGACCAGAGAAAGGGCCGAAAGAGACGUCAGGAAGAAGACGGAAGAGCAACAGUGAUGGGGAGGGGAAAGCCAGAAGAAAACGUGGAGAACCCAAGGCCAUGAUGUUGGACGGCGAGGGGACCGGCCUCUCUCCCAACUCCAAACCGCACAUCUGCGAGCACUGCAACGCUGCCUUCCGCAGCUCCUACCACCUCCGCAGACACGUGCUCAUCCACACAGAUCGCACAGGUGAGAGGCCUUUCCGGUGCAGUCAGUGUAACAUGAGCUUUAUCCAGAAGUACCUGCUGCAGCGGCACGAAAAGAUCCACAGUGGAGAGAAGCCCUUCAGCUGUGACCAGUGUAACAUGUGCUUCAUCCAGAAGUACCACAUGGAGCGACACAAGAGGACCCACAGCGGAGAGAAGCCAUACAGAUGUGACACCUGCCAACAGUUUUUCUCGAGAACAGACCGGUUACUGAAGCACAAGCGGACCUGCGGAGAAGCCAUAAAGAAGGGCCCGGACCCCAGCAUGUUGGAGCUUGCCCACGGGGACAUGGGCCAGGGCAACUACUCACUCACUCAGGGAAACGCUACCGCCACCUCUGCAUGCAAGAGGGGCAAGUCCAAAAACGCAGGCGAGGGCGGUGAUCGUAAGCGUAAGAAGGCUGCUGCCACCACCGCGUCGUCCGGGGGCCUGCAGGACUACGGAAUGGAGUGUUCCGACCCCAGCCUGCAGGGCCGCACACCCAAGCUGGUGUUCAAGAAGGCUAAGAAGGGCCUCGUCCCCAUGGAGGAUGGGGGGCAGAAGCUGCUGUCUCAGAAGCAGGGCUCCAUGGAGCUGGCGGGGGGCUCAGGGCUAGAUGCCAUGGUCCUCCUCCAGGGCUCCUCCAGCGGAGGGGCAAAACGAGGCCCAUCAGCCACAAGCAACAACUACGAUGACGCCAUGCAGUUUGUGAAGAAGCGGCGCUACCUCCAACACGUGGCCAGCAACGACUAUGCGGCGCCCUCCCUCCACAUGGGCCAGACCCAUGCCAGCAGCGUGAUCCAAGGCUCGCUGGGACACCACAACGAGCCCACCCUCACCAUGCUGGACACUUCGCCCCUGGACCUCAAGCACCACGACAAGUCGGUCAUCCCGGACGAAGUGCUCCAGAGCCUGCUGGACCACUACAGCCACAAGUCGGAUGGCACGCACCACCAACACCACGACGUGACCUUUGACCUCUCGGACCACAGCGUCCCGCACCACGUGACCCUGCAGCCAGCGGCCCCUGUCACCCCAGAGCUGGACGACGACUCGCCCAGCGGCGGCGACAAGCAGGUGGUCAUGAGUGAGUACUCCAAGUUCCUUCUGCAGGCCCUGGAGCGCACCAGCCACAGCGGGCCCUUCUCCACGCUGGGACCCAGCGGGCCCUUCCCUUUGCUCUCCAGCCCUACGGGGCCCCUCUUCUCCGAUAAGCAUGUCUACACUACAUCUCCGCUGGAGUGCGGCUACCCGCCCGCCGACUCCUCGCCACUGCCCAUCCCCUCCAUCUCUUCUUCUUCCUCCUCCUUGUCUUCCUCGAAGUCCCACUACAGCAUGGUGGUGGGCUCCCCCUCCCAGCCGGCCUUCCACCUCAGUGGCCUGGAGGCGGCGGGCCACCAGCAGCUCAUCCCCUCUCAGGAGCUCACAGAGCAGCUGGAGAAGCAGCACCACUCCCCUGCGUUCCAGCUCACGCCCCAGGAGCUGACGGCCGCCGGUGGAGCCCCCAAGGAGCAGGGGGCCAAGGGCAACGGGAGAAACGGCAGCUACUCCGACCUGGACACGCCCAAGGAAAUGGACCUGCGGGCCACCUACCAGAUCGAGAACUUCGCCCAGGCCUUUGGUUCCCAAUUUAAGUCGGGCCGCCGCACCCCGCUGGGCUACGGCACUGGGGCCGAGGUCGACCACCGAAUACGAACUCCCGUGUCAGAAUUCUCAGGGUAUACCAGUUUGUUAGCUGACGUCAGCGAGCCAGUAAGUACAGGAUCGAAAACCCCAACAAGCCAAAGUUUCAGGUAAGGGUUAACGAGGUGAACCUAGUUGCGGGUCUUGUGUUUUUCUUUGUGUCCCUAUACCCUUCUACAUUUUCUUCUUGUAGCGAGGUCAAUUUAUUUUUUAAACACUGCCAUUAAAUGUUGAUAACGAGAACUCUACCAGGGGAAGGUCUUCAAGGCCUCAAAUGCAAUUUUUUAUAUUCAUUUUUUUUUUAAAUCUGUGUUUUGUCUUUAUUUUGUCAGCGUAGUUGGUAUGAUAUGAACGUAAACGUAGAUUUUAAUGUAAUUUAAACUGAAAAAUUAGGGGUUAGCUAAGCUUGAUGAUUUUUCUUUGAACUCUUGUUUUACCAAUCAUCAUACAGUUGUAAAGUAAUGAUGAAUGAUGUUAAUAAUUUCAAUAAUAUUACGUUUGUGGCAGGGAAAGGCCCAGAAUUCAAAUGGCAAAAAAAGUUCUAUAUUGUCUGUUACUAGAAUCGUAUUACUCAGGUAUUAAGGCAAAAUUGUGUAAUAAUAAUAAAAACUUUGUAUUAUGAGAUGCAAUUAGCACACUUUUUUAAAGUGUGCUUUGAGACUACAAAGCUUUGUUACUAUUUAUCCCUCGAGGAGCGGGGGAACAAAAAGACAAAACAAAUUCAGCGGAUCUUCCUGUUCAGUUUUCUUCGCCAUUGAACAACCCUUUCCUCUACGUGUAGCUGUGUAGAGAUUACGGUACUUCUGUGUCAAUGUGAAAAUGACCGUUCCCAUUUCCUCCCCGUAAAGGGCCACAUGUAAAACACACGCCGACGCGGACAUUUAUACACUCAAGAACUCGUAGUGCACACAGUCCAGGCUCAACAGAAAGAGGUUUCAAUCCGCAAACCUUUUCUUGUUUAUAAACAGUGUCAAGUGAUGUUUGUCUAGGCCAUGCACCUUUUGGAUGGCCCCUUCAGUGGCCCGUGACGAGGAAAUGUGCUGGCCCCGUUGGCGAUGUUUCAACAACUGUUGUCGCUCAUUUUGACUGGGUUCCACUCCACUCCUGGCUGUUAACUUCUUCUCUUUUUUUUGUCAGUGGAAAUCAAACAAGCACUUUGAAAAACAAAAUUGUCAUUGAAAACUGAAAACAUCCCAACUCAAUUAAGGAUGUGCAAAACCAAGUGAUUAUUAUUUUUUAUUUUAUUAGAGGAGAGAACUGUGAACGGGGGUGGGUGGGAUAGGGUGGUUUGUUGUUCUGUAGGGAGGGUUAGACUGGGAUUGAAUAGAUGUAUUUUUGUUUGUGUUUUUUUGACGGUUUGGUCAAGGGGGAAGGGUUGUACAAAUGAUUUGCCAUUACUGUAUGUAACCCAAUGUUCUGAGAAGAUCUCUGUAUUGAUACUGAACAAAAAUAUAAACAACAUGCAACAAUUUCAAAGAUUUGACUGAGUUACAGUUCAUAUAAGUCAAUUGAAAUGUAUUCAUUAGGCCCUAAUCUAUAGAUUUCACAUGACUGGGCAGGGGUACAGUUAUGGGUGGGCAUAGGCCCACUUACUGGGGAGCCAGGCCCAGCCAAUCAGAAUGAGUUUUUCCCCGCAGAAGGGCUUUAUUAUUUUUGAUUCCUGAGUGGCGCAGUGGUCUAAGAAAUUGCAUCCCAGUGCAAGAGGUGUCACUGCAGUACCUGGUGAUUGGGAGUCUCAUAGGGCGGCGCACAAUUGGCCCAGCGUCAUCCAGGUUAGGCCGUCAUUUUAAAUAAGAAUUUGUUCUUAACUGACUUUCCUAGUUAAAGGUUAAAUAAAUAAUAUUACAUUACAUACCAAAAUACUGCCCAGCGCAAAUUAAAGAAUUAAGCUUUUUGAGCGUAUGGAACAUUUCUGGGAUUUAUUAUUUCAGGUCAUGAAAUGUGGGACCAACACGUUACAUGUUGCGUUUUAUAUUUUUGUUCGGUGUAAGUUGUUUCGAGAGGGGGCAGAUAAUAUGCUGCAACACUUCCCACUGAUGUACUAAGACUCUACUGGAUGCAAAAAUCAAACUAUUUUCCCUUUAUUUAUUUGUAACCUAGCAAGAGUUUUUAUUUUAUUUUUGCAGGGUGUUUUUGAAGUGCAAGUACUCACUGUACAUUAAUCUGUCUGUACCUUAUGAAAUCAGGCCUGAUACAUAAAAAUUACCUCACUCAUACAGGCUCAACGUUAUGGUGUAUGUGUAUAUAUAUAUCCCCCAAAAAGGCAGUCCUUUAAACUUUGCAAGAAUAAACAAUGGCCUUCUUUGUCUUCCGCAGCUCAAGCCAUUCUCUCCUGGCAGUCAGGGUUGAUAUUUAGUUAAUUUCCUGUGUGCCCCCCUCCCCACCCCACCACAGCUGAUAGACUUUAAAGCUGCUCAGAUCACAGGGAACAAAAUAAUGACUGACUGGCCACUUCACUCCAAAACACACACUAUGCUUUUAAAGAAACGAGGGAGAGCGAGAGACGGAUGAGGAAAUAAAAAAUAGGAUUGACCUAAAUAUACAGUGGGGUCCAAAAUUGACAACCUUGAUAAAGAUCAAUAAAAGUAACUGUAAAAUACUGAGCUAUAUUGUAUUCUCAAACAAACGGGGGAAAUAUAUUAGAUUAUGCUUCAGUGCCAUUAUCCUCUGAAGGUGAGGUAUUGAAAAGAGGUAUCAAUAAUUUUGACCCCCACCUUCGUUCUCUGAGCAAUUGUAUUAGUAUUCAAUAUUGUAUUUUCCCCAGCAUGCAAUAUAGCUCAGUAUUGGAAUUAUUUUAUACAGCAAUUUUAGCUCAUUUUUGUCAAGUGUGUCUUUCAGAGAUCAAUGUACCUCAUAUCACUGAAGCGUCAGAAAACAGGGACACGUUUCAUGUAUGUAGUGGAAAUACUUGUAGUAUAGGUUAAACAUUUGUAUAAUCAUGUAACAAUGCCUGUGUUUACAAUUAUAGAAGAGCAAUUGACUCGUUGAAUUGCAAAAUGUAUUUGUUUUGUCUAAAGCCUUCACGCCAAGCAGUGUUGCAUUCUAGAUGCCUCAUAGAAACUUUCAUUUCUCAUGUUAUAUCCCUUAUUUUUGUUACUCGCCAUAAAUGUGUUGAUAUGAUCUCUAGAAGGAUAUUGUUUACAAAAAUGUACAAACACUAAAAAUGUAUGUUAAUUUUUAUGUUUUUGUUUCUACCGAUAUGCAUGAUAUGUUUUUAUGGCUUUUUUUCUGAUCGUCACCACAACACCAAAUUUUGUAGCAGAUGCCUCCCCAUCCCCGUCUUCUUUUUUUUUUUUUUGUUCAAGACCCUUGUGAUAUGAUUUCCAGGGCUGUACCUGUUAUUGAAUUUAUAAAACGAUUUAGAGAAGCCAAUAAAAACAUUUUUUGGUAAUAAUAAAAAAAUGCCUGUGCCGACUGGACUUGAUUGUGAUAGUGAAGUCCUCAACACGUCGGCAAUGAUUUUUGUACGAGUUUGAACCACAGUAAAGACGGGCAAGAGCUCACCUUUUAGAUUUUUGGAUUGACUCAAUUAUAUUGUGAGAUUUGAGUUACAGGGGGGGGGUACGGGAGCAAAAUAAUGGAAAUAUCAAUGUUAGUGUAAUUUGGACCAUGAUAUGUUCUAUUGUAAUCCUUUAAAAUCUUCCUGAUAUGAUUAUUCUUUAAAAUCAUAUUUUAAGAUUCUUUAUCAAUGCUCUCAAUUCAAAGCGGACGCUAACAUCGGUACGGACUGGUAAGUGACCUGGCAUAGGGAGAAUCUCAAUUGCAUAUCCUCUUCCGCUCUCUCUCCUCCUUCUCAAAACCCUUUAGAGGAGAAUGUUGGAGGAGAGGUACAUCUGGCUUUCUCAUCCAAUGGGUUUUGAGAAAGAGGCGAGGAGUAUGCUAUUGAGAUUCUCCCAUAGUCUUUCUCUACCACACUCGGCCAUUCAUUUAGUUACCAUUUUGUUCCUCAACACAGACAACUGUGUGUACCCAACCUUAAGUUGGUCGAGGUAGCCUAGCGGUUAAGUGUUGGACAAGUAACCGAAAGGUUGCCGGUUUGAAUCCCUGAGGAAACUAGGUGAAAAAUCUGUGCCCUUGAGCAAGGCACUUAACAUCUGCUAAAUGACAAUACAUUUUUUCCCAUGUCUUAUGUUUUGGUAAUACUUUACAUUAAGGUUCCCUUUAAAUGUGUAAGUGGUUAAUAAGUAGUUAGACAGUUAAAUAUCAAUUAAUAUGAAUUAGGACUUAGUUUGAUAUUAUCUAAUGUUAACCCUUUACCAUCUCUCAUUACAGGGUACACAUUUUCCCCCUCUGUAAGGAAUCAUCUUUAUCCUAAAGCUUCAUGUUCAGAUAUUCCAUGUUCUUUUUUGCGUAUGUUCUCAGCUUGACAGUUACUGCAACCAUGUAUCCCACUGAUGUGUUCAUGUUUGCUGUCUUGAUACAUUCUUUACAUUUUAUUUCACCUUUAUUUAACCAGGUAGGCCAGUUGAGAACAAGUUCUCAUUUACAACUCCGACCUGGCCAAGAUAAAGCAAAGCAGUGCGACAAAAACAACAGACUUACACAAAAACAAACGUACAGUCAAUAAGAAAAUAAAAAUAGAAAAUUCUAUGUACACUGUGUGCAAAUGUAGGGAGGUAGGCAAUAAAUAGGCCCUAGAGGUAAAUAAUUACAAUUUAGCAUUAAUACUGAAGUGAUGUGCAAGUAGAGAUACUGGGGUGCAAAAGAGCAAGAGGGUAAGUAAUAAUAUGGGGAUGAGGUAGUUGGGUGUUCCAUUUACAGAUUGGCUGUGUACAGUGAUCGGUAAGCUGCUCAGACAGCUGUUGUUGUUAAAGGCCUAAUAAAGUUGAAUACAGAAGUAUAAUUUACCAUUUUUUUUGUUGUAGUGAUUUUCACUAGUCUUUAUCUUAUCCCACCUUUGGUUUUGCUUUAUUUCUCCCCACUGGCAGUGGGAAGAGGGGUGUAGGAGAAAAUG